GGCCCCGCGCCCCGGACGCGGUUCGGGCGGCGGAAGGGGCGGGGGAAGCCGGGGCGGCUCGGGGGGCACCGGCGCGAUGUUCCUGACGGCGGUGGCCCAGGCCAAGAGCAAAGCUAAAUACGUUCUGGUGAAGAUGAGAAGUACAGCGGAGACGGGCUACUGUUUCAACAUCAGGAGACCCCGACUGCAGGAAAAACUGGUCUUACUGAGAUACGAUCCCAUUGCAAAACAACGUGUCCUCUUCACAGAGAGGAAAAAAAUCCGCUCAAUGUGAACAAUGACUGGACUUGAUUUAUGCCUGAGGAGAGGAUAGUCUGGGGGGAGGACAGGGUGAACGCUGAUUCAGAAAUCCAGCAACAUGGGCUGAAAAGAGAGGAAAUGAACUGGGAUCACCGUCUCCUGUGAUUUGAAGGCCAUUGUGAAUAAAACAAUGUAGAGAGAGAAUAUUCUUAAUGUCUGGACAUAGAUCAUCACAGUAACAUUUAUUUAUCUUGAGUUAUUUUUACAGUACUCAAUUAAAAAAAAUUAAAUAGCAAA